AUGGAUGUUGUCGCCGAUGUUCAGGAUGGCUCUGUGCUGCAGUUCGACGAUAAAAAUGGUGCCGCGGAGCUUAAGAUGCGAUACUCUAGUCGUACUGUCGUGGCAUUGAUCAUCAAUACCUUUAACAACGCACAAGGCACUGCUGGUCAAGUGCCAAGUGAUGUUCAACAACCUGGCGAUGGAAGUCCACUCUUCAGCUUCCAAGAUGCGGAAUCUGCAUAUGCAGGCAGAUACAUUGAAGCCCAGUACAAUUACAGCCCGUACGGCCGAGGCCUUCUUUUCACUGCCGGCUGCAACUAUGCGGUGCCAACUACGCCGCUGGUUAACGACUGUACGAAAGCCUGUCAGAACAACAGCCAGAUUUUCUCUGACCCGUACACGAUGCAAAAUUGCAUGCUGAUGGCCUCGCUCGCCCCCAUCAGUAGUGGCUCUAUUGGUGUUGAUAAUACCUGGGUAUGCAGUUACUGCUAUAAUGAGACUUAUCACUAG